AUUCGUACCUACCGGACUUAAAAAUAACAAAGUUAAUUUGUCGGGAAAGCGCGCUGACCUCGAUUACGACUUCCUUCCUUCCCUCCUUAUUUAAACCGCAUUAAGGGGCCUGACCCGUACCUCCCCUCCGCCUGGAAAGAGAAAACGUCGAUUGGAUUUGAGUUUGAAUGUACAUGUAGAUGUACUUCUGGUCGACCUAAACAUUCUUUCGGCGCUUCACUAACGCUCGCUCCUCCUUACAUCAUACUACCUAUUCCUUUCGUUCUUCUUCAUCCCAGUAUUUGAACAUUCGUUUCCCUCCUCUGCCCCUCGUCGGCGUAAUUGGAUCACAUCAUCGAUCAUUCGUUUUUUUUCUGCUUUGGAUAAUUUGACUUGGGCAUCAUCUAUCCUAAGCAUCUCAAAAUGAUCAAGUUUUUUGUCAACUGGGAAUUAUGGCAGCAGAUGACCUUCGUCCUCGCCGGUGCGAUCGUCUUAGUAUUCUUUGCUGGAUUAAUUAAGUUGUGGUGGUUGAAUAGAUUUAUCAAGAAGCAUACAAUACUUGACCUAGAAAAAAAGGCUAGGCAACAGGAGAUGCAAAGGAGCGGUCUUCCGAUAGGCAAGAAGGUGGACAUUCCAUUCGGCGUGCGCGCGAUUCAGAGCGGUAUCGAAGUUGAUGGCAUCUGGAUCUCACGGCCUAAUACUCCACUCAUUACUCCAACCAGUCCGUCAUUCGCUUCUUCGUCAACCCUCGAACCCGAAAGCAGGUUAAAAGGAAAGGAGAAGGAACUUGCCGUGCAUACAGCAACGACUGUCGUCGAAUUUGAACCCACCCCCGAACAAAGUCCGCUACCGAGCCCUGCCGUUAGCUUGUCUGAUCGACGCGUCCCGACCGCCGCUGAACACAGCCAUGCCAGAACAAUCUCUCUCGGUGCGCAGUCUACUUACCGACCAAGGGGUCCAUCGCGCCGUCGAACGGAUAUUACCGAAACUUUCGACGUGGACGGAUUAAACCGAUAUGAACGUAACACGGUUAACCAUCAGCAAGUCGAAACUUAUGUCCCCAAACACUCCUUCUCUAGCACGGAAUCGUCAUCGCUGUCUUCCCAACAAAGGACAGUGGUAGACCGCAGCUCGACUUCUUCGGAAGAAGGUAUCCGCCAUGCACAGACACGUUAUGUCUCUCACCUCCGGCACUUCGCGUUGCCUGCACCCAGGACCCUAGUUUCCCUCGAAGAUCCAGAACCUUCGGCGGCUACCGUGGACUGGUUCUCGCAUCCUGAGCAGAGGAGGAAUCCUUUCGAAACACCCUCGUCUUCUGAGGCGCAAUCAAUUUCUCGUCCCCCGCUAGCUUCAAAUAGACCGACACCUCAUCGGUCCUACUCUGGCGAGUCACACGCAAACACAUCAACCAGAAGGGUUAACGCGGGGUUUGAGGUGUUACCAGCCGGGACCUUCGGCCGACCUGACAGCCAAACCGAGACAGACGAGAGCCAACCUAAGAGGCAUCAUAAUAAUAAGCUUCAGAGGAAGACCCGUGAUCGGUCGUUAAGGGAGCCACCGUCGCCAACGUGAUAAAUCAGUGUACACAAAGGGCGUAGAAUAGAAAGGAGACCAUGAUGCUGCUGAUGUUGACACUGCACACACAAGCGCUG